AUGAGUGAAAGUGAAACACCCCGUAGAUCGUCGAGCACAGUUCAACGAAGAAACAUUCUCGACGCGCUCACAGGAUCACUCGGGAGGGAAGAAGGCGGAGUGGAUCGUAUCCCGACCGUUGCCCAGCAGAAGGCCGCACAGCAGGCAUUAAUUUCAAAGCGCAUUAUGGCGCAGAAUUUAGAGAUUCUUGUCGACCGGCAGGAGCUGCUAACAGACAAGUUGCUACGAAUGCGUGAAACGUUGCAGGAGGAAAAUAUCAGCGUUCAUCUAUUAAAGCUUCACGUACAAACACUGCGCCGAACAGCGGAUGAAUUUGAAAAGGUUUACUCCGAAAUGGUCUCUCUGGUAACUAAAGAACAACGCGAUGCUUUGAGACUUGAAUAUGCCAACUUCGAAACGAUCCAUAACGAUGUGUAUGUGACGCUGCAGACGCGAAUCGACCAAGUACAGCAGCAAUUAAAAGUGCAAGAGCUUCAGCAUGUUCCGGUUUCGCUGCCUUCCUCACAGGCACAGAUAGCUCCAGUAUAUGUGCAGAGUCCAGCUCCUCACCUCCAAGCUCCAUUUCCAACUUUUAACGGUACUCUCGAUAACUGGUACAGCUUCAAAAGCUUAUUCCAGAGUAUCAUGGCUAAGUACACAAACGAAAGUGAUGCUAUGAAAAUUCUGCAUCUACGAAACUCGCUCACUGGUGAAGCAAAAGAUAAAAUAGAUCAAGAAGUGGUUAACAACAGCGAUUAUGCCACCGCGUGGAAGAUCCUGGAAGAUGCCUAUGAAGACAAGCGUCUAAUUAUGGACACCCAUAUCGACGCUAUCUUGGACUGUCCGAAAAUCACUCGAGAUAAUCGUGGCAAGUCGCUUUCAAUGCUAGUUGAGCUUUGCGGUAAACAUACCGAUGCCUUGAACGGCCAUGGAUACCCCGUCGAAGGAUUGGCAGAACUCAUACUGGUAAACGUGCUGUACAAAAAACUCGACAAAGAGACACAGGAGCAGUGGGAAACAAAGUUGGGUAGUGGCGAGCUCCCUGAAUUUGAUGAAUUCAUCGAUUUCUUGCGCGAGCGAGGUCGUGUACUGCAGCGGACGAAUCGGGCCCAGCAGCCAGCGGCACAUCAGGCAGCCCCUAACAAGCGACAACCAAUGAAUCAGAAGUCACACGUACCUUCCAACUCGUUUGUACAGGUAGCAAAGGAGAUAUGCCCAUGUUGCAAAGCAGAGCACUCGAUCUAUCGCUGUGCCAAGUUUCAAGCUAUGCCCCUGCAUGAACGUAAAGCUUUUGUGGCCAAGGCAGUCCUGUGUUUCAAUUGCUUGAAGGUCAAACAUCGAGUCAGCAAAUGUCCGUCGGAGCAAGGUUGUAAAACGCAAGGUUGCGGUCGCAGGCACCACAGCAUGCUUCACAGCAAUGACACUCUCGGUGUGGCAAGUCCAGACAAGCACGCAAACAACGAAGAACAUGAAGCAGAAUCCGAUUUACAAUCUGAGAAGCAGCCGAAGGUUCCUGAACAGCGAAACAGUGCUACAACUCUUUGUGCUAACAUUGGUGGUGCCAGACAGCAAGUCGUUUUAUCGACGGCCCAAGUAUUGGUUACCGGAAAAGGCAAUUCGGUCGUGAAGUGUCGUGCUCUAUUGGAUUCUGGAUCCGACAGUAACAUUAUAAGUGAGAAAUUAGCAGAAAAGCUGCAAUUGAGGAUGGUUCUGGUAGAUUUUCCUAUCAGCGGCUUGAACAACAUCGAAACACGAGUCAAGUAUCAAUUAGCAACAAAGUUCCGGUCCUGCACCAAUUCGUUUACCUCGGCCAUGCUUGAUUUUCUGGUCGUUCCACGAGUAACCUCAAAUCUUCCAGUUGCUGAGAUUGAUGCCCAAUUGUGGCCGAUUCCAUCCGGCCUGCGGUUCGCUGAUCCUAAGUUCCAUUCGCCAGGUGAAAUAGACAUGAUCAUCGGAAAUGAGGUAUUUUUUGACCUAAUAAAAAAGGGUCGAUUGAAGUUCGGCGUCGACGGUGUUACGUUAGCAGAAACGGAACUAGGUUGGGUCGUAGCAGGUUCGGUACCAAUCAAGAACACCCAGCAAUAUUCUCAGGUAUACCAGCUUAACCGCCAUGAAGAGAUGCUCAAUCAAACGAUGGCGAAGUUUUGGGAAUUGGAAAACGUUCACCCAGAGAAAACUACGACAACAGCUGAAAAUGUGGUUGAGAAUCAUUUCAAAACCACACACUACCGUGACGACUCCGGUCGAUAUGUAGUGCGACUGCCAUUCAAUGGCAUGGAAUGUCAACUUGGUGAUUCUUACGAUGCUGCUCGAAGACGCCUCAAUAAGCUAAUGAUUCAACUAGCAAAAAACCCAGUCAAACGUGAUGAGUACUACAAUUUUAUGUCCGAGUAUUUAGCCUUAGGUCAUAUGUCGGAGGCUAUUCAGUGCACGGAUGGUGGUGGCUACUACAUUCCCCACCAUGCCGUGUAUAAGGCGUCGAGUUCGACUACAAAAACAAGAGUGGUUUUCGAUGCGUCGGCAAAAACCACCACUGGUCUAUCCCUCAAUGACACGCUAUUGGUUGGGCCUACGGUGCAAAAUGACAUCGUCUCGAUCAUACUCCGAUUCUGCAUCCACCUAACUGCCGACAUUUCAAAAAUGUACCGGCAAGUAAGGCUACAUAAGGAUGAUUGCAAAUUUCAACAAAUUCUAUGGUGGGAUAAUAACGGGCAGCUAAAAGUGUACGAACUGCAAACAGUCACAUAUGGCAUUGCUAGCUCACCUCAUCAUGCGACGAGAGUAUUAAUUCAACUGGCCACUGACGAAGGUGAAGAAUUUGAGCUAGGAAGAAAGGCUAUUACGGAAGAGAGUUACAUCGACGAUUUCUUGACUGGUGGCUCGUCGAUUGAAGAAGUCAUUCGUAUCUAUUCGGAAUUAUCAGAGCUGCUACGUCGUGGUGGCUUUGAAGUGCAUAAGUUUUGUUCAAACAGCAUUGACGUGUUGAAAGCCAUUCCUAAGGAACUACAAGAGAAACAAGUCAGCUUUGAUGAAUCUGGUAUAAACAACAGUAUCAAGACGUUGGGGUUGAUCUGGAACCCCCAGGAUGAUUACUUUAUGUUCCGUGUGGCUCCAGAGGAUUGCGGAGUGGUGCCGACUAAGCGCAAGGUGUUAUCGGAAAUCGGACAGCUUUUCGACCCGCUCGGUUUCUUGGGUCCGAUUAUUGUAUAUGCCAAAUUAGUAAUGCAGGACAUUUGGCGCCUUGGUCUUGAUUGGGAUCAAGAGCUGCCAGGGGACCUAAUGAGAAAAUGGAAUUUAUUUCGACAGCAACUUUUGGCUGUGAAUCAAAUGCGUAAAUCUCGUUGUGUGACACAAGCUCAAGCGAUUACUCUGGAGCUGCAUGGUUUCUCGGACGCCUCCAAGCGCGCCUAUGGAGCCGUUCUAUAUGUUCGAAGCGUAGCUGUGGAUGGUACAAUCGACGUUAACUUGGUGGCCAGCAAAUCUCGUGUAGCUCCACUCAAACCGACAACGAUUCCACGACUCGAACUUUGUGGUGCAAGGCUGUUGGCCGAUCUGGUACAGAAAGUGGUUUCCGCGAUGAAUAUUUCAUUCCAUGCUGUCAAAUUGUGGUGUGAUUCCCAAAUAGUUUUAUGUUGGCUGAAAAGGUCUCCUCUCGCACUAAAUCAAUUUGUUGCCAACCGUGUUGCUGCAAUUGUAGAGUUGACGCAGAACUAUCAGUGGGGCUACAUACAAUCCGAAGAUAAUCCUGCUGAUGUGAUAUCUAGAGGAGAACUACCUGAAGCUGUAGUGUUAACGGUAGUAAGUUCGAGCCAACCGAUAGUGCUCAAUAGACUAAGCAAUUAUAAAAAGAUCAAACGAGCGUGGGUGUACGUUCAUCGGUACAUCGAUUAUAAGGUGCAUAAAAUACAUAAAAUUGGUGAGAUUACAGCCGAUGAAGUCAGACGGGCAGAGAGGUCAAUUUUAUUGCUUGUACAACGUGAAGCAUAUAGUGACGUUCUGAAGGCAUUAAAAACAAAUUCUGCCCAGCAUACAUCGUAUCGAAAUCUGGCGCUGUUUGUUGGUGAUGAUGGUCUAAUCAGAGUCGGUGGUCGCUUGAAAUAUUCAGCUAUUCCGUACGAUGGUAAACAUCAAGUGCUGUUGCCACAAAAACAUCACAUCACAGAAACGAUUGUGCGAGAUUUGCAUCAGGAGCACUUCCACGUUGGUCAAAAUGGACUAUUAGCUAUCGUUCGUGAGAAGUAUUGGCCGGUCCAUGUAAAGCAGCUGAUUAAGAAGGUUGUUUCAGCAUGUCAGGUGUGUGCUCGACAGCGUCCGAAACCGGGUGUACAAUACAUGGGCAAUCUUCCAGGAGUUCGAGUGAAUCCAUCGCAACCUUUCUCUAAGGUUGGAAUAGACUACGCUGGUCCGUUUAUGAUUAAGCUCGGAGGCCGAAGUACGAAGCUAUACAAGGGAUACGUUGUCGUGUUUGUUUGCUUGGUAGUAAAGGCUAUACACUUCGAGUUGGUCUCAAGUUUGUCGACGGAUAAUUUUAUAGCAGCUCUGCAACGUUUUUCCAGCCGUCGUGGACUGCCGAGUGAUAUAUACAGUGACAAUGCAACUACCUUUGUUGGUGCAAACCAUGAACUAGCAGCGCUCAAACAACUUUUCGAAGACCAGCAGCAUGAUCUAAAGGUAAAGGAAUUCUGUAGUACUAAGGGCAUCCGCUGGCAUUUCAUUCCCCCCAGAAGCCCACACUUUGGUGGAAUCUGGGAAGCGGGUGUGAAAUCUAUGAAAUACCAUCUCAAGAGGGUUGUAGGUGAGACACGACUUACCUUUGAGGAAAUGAGCACCUUUCUUGCGCAAACGGAAGCCAUUCUCAACUCGCGACCAUUGUGCCCAAUGUCAGAGGACCCCAGCGACUAUUCCGUUCUGACGCCAUCCCAUUUCUUGAUCGGGCGCUCUGGUGUGGGUUUACCUAUGCCGUCUUAUGAUGAUGAACGGGUAGGACGUCUCAACAGGUAUCAGCAUCUCCAGCUGAUGAAUCAACAUUUUUGGAACAAAUGGUCGCGCGAAUACCUUCAUCAUUUGCAAGGCCGCCAAAAGUGGAACACGAAGGUUAACUCGAAUUUCAAGAUUGGUGCGAUGGUCUUGUUAGUGGAAGAAAACUUACCGACGCAACAAUGGAAACGAGGCCGCAUUGUUGCUGUACAUCCCGGCGAAGACAAUAUUGUUCGAGUGGUGACAGUUAAAACGGUAAACGGAGAGUAUAAACGAGGAGUAGCGAAGGUUGCUUUGAUGCCUUCUGUUGAAACGGGUGAAACGGUUGAAACUGAAUUAUCAACGGGGGGUGAAUGA